AUGGCAGACGCUGCUGAAAGCGAUCUGCCACAGUUUAUGGAGGGGCGGUAUGACAUUUUCGAAAAGAAUACGUUCUUGGAUUUUCCUGCCCCAAAGCCGUUGAUGCUGGAGAAGGCCCAGACCGAUCCCCCGCCGGGGCUGGAGGGACUCUGCGGGAUUUCCAGCAAGUUCGUCUCAGAAACGGACAGAUCAGAGGAUUCCACAGCAGUCGACGAGGCAGAAGCUGCUCCACCCCCUCUGCCACUGGAAGUCUUUGUGACUCCCGACUGCUUCGAGGAUCCGGAGCUUCCCAGGCUCUCGGCGCCGGCCUUCAUCCCGAUGCACGGCGCUCCAGGAGUUCCGAUGCAGACGCAGAACUUGCCCGCGAACUUGCUGCCGGGGAUUCCCGAUGCCUUCAGCUUCGAGAACCAGCUCUCUGUGGGUCCCACUCACUUGCCGCCUGAGGUCUACCGUCCCAAAAAGCAGAUCCUCUUAGAAGAGAUGCUGGCACCUUCGGUGGUGCCCGUCACGGAACUCGCAACGCCCAAGUUUCCCCCACCGCCACCGGCCAUGCCGGCACCCGUCUUGGCGGAGCCUCCUGCCCCAGAGGUCCCCACAGAAGCCCCAGUGGAGGGGCCUCUGCCACCGCGCGGCGACCUCCAGAUAGGGCAGCUCAUCUGCGAGGAAGCUGCCAGCGGCAUUUGGGAUGUGCAUUGGAGUGUAGACAGCCGGCAGCUGUACACGACGACGGUGCGCCUUGUGUCGAGCAUCUUUACGCUGGGAAUCCAAGGCGGAAGCCUGCCCUUCAAGGUGUUCCUGCAUCCGAAGGUGGUCAUCAACAACAAAAGGGGUGGGGGCUUCAAGAAAGCCAAGGGUAAAGGCAGCAUCGUUCUCAAGUGUGAGGCAGAGGACGCGCAGAUGUAUCCCAAGCUGGAUGUAUCCUUCCGGGUGGGCAGGACAAUGCGUAAGUUUCUUGCGGAUACCAAUACGCAGGAGGCCUUGACAGUUGAGCAAAGAGCACAUCGGGUUGCAGAGGCUACUGCAGAAGAUGUUCUGGAGCCGGCAUUUUGGCAACAAUUGGGAGAGCGGCGCAGCCGAGCAGAACUGAAUGCUCGUGUGGCUGCAAAAUCCCUUGCGUUGCGGGGAGUUUUUCGCGGCGCCACCAGCCGGGGGUCGGGUGGUGCAGAGGCAAAAUCCUCCCAUCAAACGAAGCAGCUAGAGGAGAACACGCCCGAGCACAGCGCGAGCGCAUCUGGCAGCACAGCCACACGGCGAUGUUCUUCACUAGAGGCAACUUCAGGUCUGGGACUCCAAAGUCGGAGUGCCCAGGAGUUUUCGUACCCGAGCCAAGCCUUAAGUGGCUACAAUAUCUCCGGCGAGUUGAAUGGCAUUUCUACCACGGAGGCACACUCGGUUGUUCCCCGGACGUCGACGGGUCAUUAA